CGUGGGGAGUGAAUUCGUGGUAUCAAGCUGCCAAAGAGAAUGACCUACCCAGAAUGUCCCAACCUUGGGGAGUGUAUUCGUGGUAUCAAGCUACCGAAAAAGAUAACCUGCCCAGAAUGAACCAACCUUGGGGAGUGUAUUCGUGGUAUAAUGGUGCUACUAAGAAAGAUAUUAAUGAAAACCACCCAGUCACCCCUUACUUCUUUGAAACAGAUUUACAUCAAGGAAAAAAAAUGAAUCUUCCAUCUCUCAAGAACCACAACCCAGCUCCCAUUUUGCCUCGCAAAAUUGCAGAUUCCAUCCCUUUCUCAUCGGACAAAAUGGAGGAAAUUCUUAAUCAUUUUUCCGUCGAUAAGGACUCAGAAGUUGCUAAAAUGAUCAAGAAAACAAUCAAAAUGUGCGAGGAGCCAGCGGGUAAUGGAGAGAAAAAAUAUUGUGCCACUUCCUUGGAAUCAAUGGUUGAUUUCGCCACAUCUCACCUGGGAACAAACAAUAUUAUAGCUCUUUCUACUGAAGUAGAGAAAGAAACUCCACAGGUGCAAAUAUAUACCAUCGAAGAAGUGAAGGAGAAAGCAAAUGGCAAAGGGGUGAUAUGCCACAAAAUAGGAUACCCAUAUGCAGUACACUUUUGCCAUGACGUAGGAAGCACAAGGACUUUUAUGGUGUCAAUGGUGGGUGCUGAUGGAACAAAAGUUAAUGCAGUAGCAGAAUGCCAUGAGGAUACUUCAUUAAUGAACCCUAAGGCAUUACCUUUUCAAUUGCUCAAUGUUAAGCCGGGAGAUAAGCCUAUUUGCCAUUUCAUUUUGGACGAUCAGAUUGCCCUAGUUAUUCCUUCUCGUGAUGGAACUCAAGUGGCUGAGAACUAGCAUGCAGAAAAUUCAGUCAUCUUAUGUAAUAUGUGGUUUUAGUGGUUUGCAUGUAUAAUAAUGGAUGUUGUGAUGCAAGUACUGUUUAACUUUGUUAUUCACGGUUAAUCAAGUAUUAUGUAUGCAUGUGUUAAUAGAAGUGAUCCGCAUUUUAAUAUAUGUCGUUAAUGUA